CGCAGGCGGCGGUGUGACUUCAGCCCAGAUACGCUCGGACAGGAACAAGGAAAAGACAACUGCUUUCAAGUCGGUCAGUCGGUCUUUGGGAAAUUCAGAAAGAAGAUGCCUGUGUGUACCAUCGUGGAGAAGUGUAACGGCCAUGUGUCGGGAGCCCAGCUGUCUUGUAGUGUCAGGGAAGAGAACAAAGCGCAGAGGGAGAGCUACUGUGCCGACUGGACAAGCGUCAGCCUCAAGACUCAACCCGAAGAACGAAAGUCAAUGAACAUGAAGGACACCUCGCGCAAGGAGACCCUGAGCCGGCAGUGGAGGGCCUCCCCUCUCACCCAGUCCUGCCCGUCCGGCGUCGUCCGCGUGGGCACGGUGGAGCGCGGCGUGAGGGAGCACCAGCUUCUGCCCAAGCGAAACACCCUCCCCCUGCCCAUCUUCACCCCCGCCGAGCUGGGCGUCCGGCUAGGCCGCGGCGCCCCGCACGCCCCCGAGGACCUGCGGCCCGGCCCGGCGACGCACGGCAUCUGCCCCUCUAAGAGGAGCGUCGUUGAGAUCACGCGGGACCUGCCGCCCGUCAAGCCCACUCUCAUGGAGUUCUCCAAGGCGCCCAAAGCCCUGGGCCGCUCCAUGUCCCAGGAGGCCCAAAGAGGGUGAAACAAUGGGGCCAAUGAUGGACGUGCAUGCACUUGUGAUAUUCCUCAACCCUGUGUUUUUCAGAUUUGUAGCACUGGCUGUUGUAAGCCAGCACAGCAAACAAACACCUCAAGUAGACAUGACAGUCUUUUUACCUUGAGAGUAAAAAUAAGCAUCGACUGCACUUUAGUGAUAGGUGCAAUGAUACAACAAGGGGCAAAAAGCAUCGAAAGUCAUGAUGGAAGUGGAGAGGCAUUCGCAUGUUCCUCCUCUCACUAUAUGUGGCUGGCCCAGGGAACUGCGCAAAGAAUUCAUUUAGAAGCUAAUUGGUUUGGCUCUAAUUAUACGGUUGUGCUCUUUCAGGGAUGGAAAAGCUUUGAAAGUUGGUUUGAAAGUGCUUCUGAAAACGUCAGGGCUUGACAUAGUGUACAUAGUAGUUGCGUAUAUCCUUAACACGAAUGGAUGUUCUUUAAGUUUUGUCUGAAUUUUUGUUUUUAAUAAUAAAAUCAGAGCUGCUA